AUGCUGUUCAUCACGUCUACCGUGGUGGAGCUUGCUCUGACAGGAGAACUUCCCUUUAAGCUGCAGACGGCAGUGCGCGCCUAUGUGUAUAGGCGCAUAUGCAUCAUCCGUCAGGCACGGGAGGGCGCCGGAGCGGGAGGCGUCGAGAGCUUCGAGCUUCGGGCCCGGCGACUAGUGUGGGCGCGGUGGCGUGUGGAGCUAUGUUCACACGCCGGCGAGCGCGCCGCCGGGGCUCUCCUGCCGCACUUCAACACGUGGCGGGAGAGACCGUUCGGCAAGCUCACCUACCGUGCGACCCAGGUGAUGACCGGGCAUGGCUGCUUCGGUGUCUACCUGUGUCGCAUCGGUCGGGAGGCGACGACGGUGUGCCACCAUUGUGGCGCGGAAGAGGACUCGGCGGAGCACACGCUAGAGGAAUGCCCUGUCUUUGCAGUGCUGCGCCGAGUCCUAGUACCGAAUAUUGGGAUGCAUGACAUCUCGCUCUCCAGCGUAGUUGGGGCGAUGCUGGAAGGCGGUGGUCUCCUUCUGCGAGCAGGUCAUGUCGCAGAGGGCGGCCGCCGAAUGGGAUCGGGAGCGUACCUAUCCCGCCCGUCGUACCUGGGGGCGGUGUAUGCAUACGCGCCGAGAGCUGCCGAGUAG